AUGCCGACCACUGGGCUGCCUGGCCCGCCCGGGCGGCGUCGUCUGCUCAAGAAGACCUCAACUCCGCACUCCAGGCGGCCCGCGCACUGCCCAACACCGCCGGACUCGGGCGGCGUGGACCAGCGCCCUCCACCCUCGCGCCGCGGCGCACGCGCACCACCACGCGAUCUUCAGGCUACGCUGCGGCAGCGGCACCGCACACCCGACGGGAGCAGGCGAACAUGUGAGCCGCACUCAUCGUGGCGUGGGAGCUGCUGCGAUGCAGGUUGGCGGAGAGCGGCCGCGACACGCUGCUGGAGCGCGUCGCCGAACUACUGGACGCUGCCUGCAGAGGUACAACGCCUUUCUGCUCCUCGCCCACGCCUCAGGUCGUGGCAGAAGCGCGCGCGAGGCCCCAGUGAGCUCGCGCGGCCCCUGAAGCGCUGGGGGCCUGACAACACCAACAUAGACCACGGCGUAGCCCGUCCUACCACGACAGCGCCGCCAUCGGGAGGGACAAGCACUGGCAGUCCACCGCGAGGCCGCGCUGGGAUGCCACCCAACGGCCACCAGGGCCAGGCGCCGCGGCUAGUGGCUCAAGGCGCGGGGCACCCAGGUGAUGGCUCCAGCGGGGCAACCGCGGACGCCUACGUGCCCCGCAUGGUGAACCUGGAGUACAUGCCGGGGGAAGGCCCCAACUCGUUCCCCGAGCCAGGAUGGGCGGGCGGAACGCCCAAGGCGGGGGUCUUCCAUGAGUCGCCCGAAGGCUUCGCCGACCCCUUCAGCGACGACGACGGCGGGGUACAACCAAUAUCUCGGGAGCAAGCUUACGCUAACCAUGGGCUGCAGGUGAACCAGACCACGACAGCAGUCGAAGACCCCAGGGCGGUGGCUCCGCCCCCGGCGGGAGUGGUGCACUGGGGGCUGCGCGGGAGGGGCCCGGAGCCAGGGCCUCCCCCGCGCCGCACGAAGCAAGGUGCCGCAUGGAGGUAG